CGACAGCCGUCAAAUAUACCUUAUCUCUUCGAGAUCAUAAUGUGUGGUUCAUAUUGUGCAUGUCUUCAUUUUUUUCGUCACUUACUCUGUGUGCCAGACCGUUGCAAUAAGUCAUGAAAGUAUAUCUCGUCUGUGGAUUUGUACUGUCGGCAGUAGUUGCCAUUGUACUGUCAAAAUGUCAUCCUGGUGACUUGAGCUCGUGCAGCGGUUUGACUUGUUCCGAUCCCAACCAGGUGGUCGGAUGUGAACAUGAUGUUUGUACUUGCGUAGCGGCAGGUGGAUCUGGAUCUGGUGCAGCAAAUUGCACAGACAAGCCUGAUUGCGUUGGCCAGAUUCACUGUAAACAUGAUGAAGAUUUCCAUUGCAUAGAUAAACAAUGUGCGUGUCUAAAAGUUCACCAUGGACACGGCCCAUAAACAGAUCAACUACUGCAAUGUUAUUAUUUUCUUUUCUCUAAUUUUUAUGCUUAGGCAAAGAAUAAUAAAUUAAUAUAAACAAG